AUAACCCCUUCAUCCAAAAAUCAAGUUAGGUAAAGUUUGUCUGAACCUGCAGUGGCAUCUUUCAUAGAGUACACAAUACUCCAAAAGUGGUUGCACCAGCGCCCUGUAAGUUUCCUAUAUUUAUAUUCCAUUCCCCUUACAAUAAGCGACCUUUGUAUUCCAGUCUUCCAGUACUAAGCUGUGACAUCGCUUUCCAAUGCCUUUGGAAAAAUAUGAGGUGGUAUUUAAUGUACACACAGUGUUCAGCUUUUAGUAAACUAAAAUUACAUAACGUGAGGUCAGAACUAGGGAGUUAACAGCAGGUUUUGAUAAACAAGGCCUUAUUUUGCAAGCCGUCCUCGGAUUGCUGCACGCGAGCGGGGAUGUGACGUCACUGUUGCUAGGCAGACCUUGACCGGUGGGGAGGAGCGGCUGUUCCCGACAGGGGCCUGGCGGGAAGGACUGUCGCCGAGAGGAAGUCGGCAGGGGUCCGGCGGAAGGGGUUGGGGUAACGGUAACUGUUCUUGACAGGGGUCCGGAGGGGCGUCUGCUUCGGGAGUCAGCAGGAGGUAAAGCAGGGCUGUUCACGACCGAGAUCCGGCGGGAGGCGGGGCGAAGGGCCGCCGUUUUGGAAUCCGGCGGGAGGCGGCUGUUCCCAAGCAGCAUCCGGCGGGAGGGACGGCUCUUCCGGCAGCUUGCUGUUGAUCCUAUCGCAGUCACUGCGGCUUUUCUUUGUUCGCCGACGCUGAGAAUCGAACGAAAAUGAGAGGAUUCGGUGGAGACCGUGACCGCGGUAGAGACCGAGGGAGCAAUGGCCCACGGUUUGGUGGAGGGCCGAGCCGUGGGGGUCCUUCCCUUGGGAAAAAAUUUGGACAGCCCGGAGAACGCUUGAGGAAGAAGAAGUGGGACCUGGACGAGUUGCCUAAAUUUGAGAAAAACUUCUACGUGGAGCACCCCGAAGUGGUUCGAUUAAGCCCGUAUGAUGUCGAAGACUUCCGCAGAAAGAAAGAAAUUACAACAAAAGGAACAGACUGCCCAAAACCAGUGUUCCAGUUUCACCAAGCAAACUUCCCUUCCUAUGUGAUGGAUGUUCUGUGUUCACUGAAUUUUGUGGAGCCGACACCAAUCCAGUGCCAGGGCUUUCCAGUGGCACUUAGUGGGCGUGACAUGGUCGGAAUUGCACAGACUGGAUCUGGCAAAACGCUGGCUUACUUACUGCCAGCCAUUGUGCACAUCAACCACCAGCCAUUCCUGGAGCGUGGCGAUGGUCCCAUUUGCUUGGUAUUGGCACCAACUCGAGAACUAGCACAACAGGUUCAGCUGGUUGCAGAAGACUAUGGAAAAUCUUCACGUAUAAAGAGCACUUGUAUUUAUGGAGGGGCACCUAAAGGCCCUCAGAUUAGGGACCUAGAGAGAGGAGUAGAAGUCUGUAUUGCAACCCCAGGCCGUCUAAUUGACUUUCUAGAAGCUGGGAAGACAAAUCUGCGUCGAUGUACUUACCUGGUCCUGGACGAAGCUGACCGCAUGUUAGAUAUGGGGUUUGAACCUCAGAUCCGGAAGAUUGUGGAGCAGAUCCGGCCGGACCGACAAACCCUGAUGUGGAGUGCUACUUGGCCUAAAGAGGUGCGGCAGCUAGCAGAGGAUUUCCUGCGUGAUUAUAUCCAGAUCAAUGUUGGAGCCCUGGAGCUGAGUGCGAACCACAAUAUUCUCCAAAUUGUUGAUGUGUGUCAGGAGACUGAGAAGGAUCUGAAAUUGCUACAUCUGAUGGAGGAAAUCAUGGCAGAGAAAGAAAAUAAGACCAUCAUCUUUGUAGAGACCAAACGUCGCUGUGACGAUCUGACUCGGAGAAUGCGGAGAGACGGGUGGCCAGCAAUGUGCAUUCAUGGAGAUAAAAGUCAGCCUGAGAGAGACUGGGUCCUAAAUGAAUUCCGAUCCGGAAAGGCACCAAUCCUUAUUGCAACUGAUGUUGCAUCUCGAGGUCUAGAUGUGGAAGACAUCAAAUUUGUCAUCAAUUACGACUAUCCCAAUUCCUCUGAGGACUAUGUACAUCGCAUUGGCCGUACAGCACGCAGUACUAAUAAAGGCACGGCCUACACCUUCUUCACACCAGGCAAUGUGAAACAAGCUAGGGAGCUGAUCAAAGUGCUGGAAGAGGCCAAUCAAGCCAUUAACCCAAAACUCUUACAACUUGUUGAUCAUGGGAGAGGAAGCGGAAGAGGAGGCCGCUCUCGUUACCGGCCCACUGGCUCCAACCCUAACACCAUGUACAGAGACGAUCGUGACAGAGGCCGCAGCCGGGCUUUUAGAGACCUCGAUGGGGAUCGCAGAGACAGGGGAGAUGGGGGCAGGUUCGGGAGCCAGAGAGAUACCCGAGACAGUGGCGGUCCAUUGAGUAAGCAGAGUUUCCGAUCUGCACAGACCAACAGUUUUGGGACCCCUGUGUAUGGCCAACAGUCAGUCCAGUAUCCAAAUUUUACCCAAAGUGGGCUGUACGGGGGGACUAACCAAGGCACAUAUGGGGCUGUAACUCAAGCAGGAUUUGGGAAAACGGGUACCUUCCAAAGUUCAAGUGCAGGGAGCAGUUACAGUACCUCCGGUUAUGGUACUGCUGCCCAAAGCACGGCUUAUGGUUCAAGUAAUUAUAGUGCUUCAUCCACUGCCGCUGCAGGGCGAACCCCACAGUCCUCUGCGCAAUUCAGGCAGAAUGGGAUGGGGCAGCAGCCACAGCCACUGAUGUCUCAAACAUAUCAACAGAGCAACUCACUGUUGAGUUACAUGUCCCAGGGGACCUAUCAAUUUGCACCACCUCCCCCACCACCACCUACAUCACAGGGAUCAAGCCGAAAAUAAAUUUGUUUUUGUAAAUUUCCACUUUAUUUCCCCAUUUAUAAGACCUAGGCAUCAGCUCCAUUUUCUACUGAUGAGUAAAGUUUAAAGAGGAUAAAUAAUCCAAUUGCAUUCAUGUUGACUUCAUUACUAUAAUAGUGUGCGGGGCAAGAAGCAAACUUCCUGACGCUGAUCCCACAUGAUCAAACAUGGGCCAUUGUGUCAAAUGUUACUCCUGACACCUACUGUAAAUCCUCCUGAAGUGUAGGUUGUGUGUUAAUGCUUGCAAAUCAUGGCCCAGUCAACCUGUUGAUCACUCACUAAAAUGGAAGCAUCUAUUGGUCAGUGCUUGAACCUUGAUUCCUGCUUAUCUCCGAAUAAGUGUUUGAAUCCUGUAGUGCCCUAGGUUCAACCACUCUCCAGAAUGUUUUAAAAACCAGCUUGUUCCAUUUUCAAGUGUAUCCUUUAAAAGGUAGGUUUUUUGUCUGAUAUUCUUGUAGUGUAAUUUUACCAGGAUGUUCAGCAAUUCUAUAAUUUGGCUGUAAAUUGAAGCUAAAAAUUCAGACUGCCCUUUUCACUGUCAUAGCAAGUUUCCAGUGCAAAUUAGGUUACUGUUUGUGAUCUGAUAAAAGAAAUAAGUUGAGUCAAAUGUUCAAUUUUUGGAAGUCUCUAUACAAACCAUCAAAACUCUUUUUCCAAUUAAUAUCGCUUUUAUUUUAAGUCUCUUCCAGUUUUAAUUGUUUAUAAACUCACGAUGUGGAUAAAAGCUGUUCUUAGGCACCUGUGAAAUGAAGAAUCAGAAAACUUUUUUGGAUUCCCUCCAUAACUGCAGUAACACCUCCUUGACUGCAAGAUUAUCAGAUUGAUUUGCUUUUUAGAAUUCUGAUCAUUGUGAGAGAGUCUGACUAAAUUAGCUAUUGGCUGAGAAGUUUUAACAUGGUUCUUAACUUGCAUAGUUGCAGUGUAGAAUGGUGCUGUCUGUGACUGCCAGUUUGGGCAUUGAAGACUGUCCAUACUUAAAUGCAGGGUCACAGUGGGAGUUAUUGGGUACUUAAUGUAUCAUAAAGUGCAAUCUAAAUGAAAUUAACAUCUAUUUGGAACAGCCCAUAGCAUUCAGAAAUAAGAACAGCUUCUCAGUAAAAGAGAUUCCAAAACAGUGACAGUGAAUUGUCUCUUUCUACUUGCAUCCUUUACCCCCAAUCUCUUGGGUUUUCACAAAGCUCGCUUCAGUUGCCGAAAUGAAGUGAAUAGUCAUGUCCUUUUCAUGCAAGCAAUGAGAUGUGGUUCAUGUCAGUACUUUAACUUGGAUUUUAAAAUAGAAUUGAUUUCUGAUGGUUUAAAUUUAACAGGUAAAAUAUUGAACUAUUACUCAACUACUUUCUUGUGGUCACAAGCUUGUUACUCUGCUAUCUACGAGGACUAUUGCUUAACAGUAAAAAGGGGAGCUAUCCUUCACCAGCUGCCAAUACACCAAACAACAGAUGACUGGAAGUUGCAGUGUUGUUGGGUGCAAUCUGAUGCUUUAGGCUACUGUUCAAUAUUUUCCAUACAUGGGUAGAAGUGGAUUCUUCCUGUUCUGUUGAUUUGAGGAUUUUUAAAACCAAUUUCCUUGUUGUUUAAUGAUUGGCCAGUUUACAUACUGCUUAGUAUUCAUAACAGUAGGUUUUCUUUCAAAUAUUUGAGUGCUGGAUUUUCAUUAAAGGUAGGUGUUUCAUAAAUGAACUAAUUAAAUGUAAAAGUCAAUUUUCUUUCUGAGGCAUUGUACAGAAUAUGUAGCUGAUCAUUUUAAAUUCUCAAACCAUGUUUUUAUUUGAGGUUCAGUUAGUAGGAUUGCAACAGUAAAGCUUCACGAUUGCUUUCCUAGGUUUUCCUCAGGUCCAAAUGUCAUGUCAUCACAAACCACACUGUUAAUGAGGUACAAACAUUUUGGAGCUUUAAGUUGAGACCAACCAAACUGUUUGCCCUGAAAGGGGGAAGUCUUUGUGGUUACCAUCAGCUGUAAUGCUAUGUUCUGUAGCCAAGUUGUUUUUGUAAUUUGAAUGACCUGUACCAUCUCUCAGUGCUUGCAUUGUUUUGCACUUGAUUAGUAAUGUCAUUCCAGUUAAUAAAACUUGAACUCUCCCCUUUGUUUACUGUGAAUCUGUUUUGUUUGAUAUUGCAGUGCAUGUUGUAUAUAUGUUGAUUAAAAUUGCUGUUGGAAUAUCUGUCAGUGCUGCUGACCUAAUGUGGGGAGCUUGGAGGUUAGAUUCAAUUCCUGGAAUGUGCCUUUUUGUUACUGGUGACAUCAGGUUAUCAGCUACAGUGUCAAACUGCCAAUCAUGCAGGUGCUUCAGUUUUUCAGAUGCUAUUCUUGGCACAGGCAUUAUAAAGGCUUUCUCUUCUGGGGACAAGGAAGCAGGUGGGGAGACCGUGAUGGUAACUUUAAUUUCAUUGCCAGCGAGUAAAAGAGAAGAGGCAGUCAUAAUGUUAGCAGUACUUUUAAAAGACAUUCUCAGGCAGAUUUUCCCAAUCAGCAGCUUGUCAACAUGAGGGUAACAUUAUUGCCAGCUGUUCAUUAGCCAUUUGGAACAAAUGUGUGUGGUCUCUCAGUGAGACACCCUUAAUUCAAUUUUCCCUUUCCUAACCUUCCUAAAUGCUGGUCACUUUUUCAUAACACCAGUUCUGGCUCGUUGGAUCAUUUCGUACAACAUUAUGGAUGUAGUUGGGCCUUUUUGCUGAACUAUUGAUAGCUGACAUUGCAACCGCUACAAUUACCCUAAACCUGUUUACUUUUGUCUCAAUUAUAGUUAAUAUUAAUUGCCAACGUAACACUGGGAAAAGAAAUAGGUAACAACUGGGCAAGCAGAAUCUAGGGAUAGUGACAACUUUGCAACUUGCACACUUCAUUUAAAUGCUUUAGAUGUUCUGACAAACAUUUUUUUUCUUAUUGCCAGGAUUUAAGAGUAGUACAUAAUCUUUGCUUUAUUGACAAUUGCUCAGAGAUUCUGUAAGCUACGUACUUGUUAGCCUGUUUGAACCUUUUUAAAUCUAGGGGUCGAGUCUCAGCUUUUAAACAGUAAGAAUUCUGCAGCUGGAGAAGAAUUGCAGCAGUCCAAACAGAUCUUGUAAUUCUUCAUUGUAUGUAAAAGAUUUCACCUUUGUGAAGUUGUACCUAGUGUCCGUCUUAUUAAUGUGCUAUUUUGAUACUGUACUGGUUUUCUUGUAUUUUGUAAUUCCAGUAAUAAAGAGUUAUUUACCAAA